ACCUUUCUCUCCUUCAAAAUUGGCGUGCCUCUGAUUGUUUCCAUAGCUGUGCAGAGACUGAGUCCGAGAGAGAAAAUGAAUGUUAUUGAAUCCCAAUACAUUAUCCAUUGACCCCGGGAUCUAGGUUUACUCUGCAAAAUUCCUGAAUCACCUCCAUCUCUAAUAUCUCAUUGUUGUUUUCAUCUUCGAUAUCAUGUCUAAGGAUACUAAUUAUUCUUCGUUACCCGUUAGCUCAUAUCUAGAAUUGCAACCUCAGAAUGAUUCCCCUCAAUCCCUCCAUAGGCUCUCUUUUGAUGAUGAAACCGAGUUUUUGGGGUCUAAGGUUGCAGUUCAUGACCGCGACGCUGACGAUGAUUUCGAAAUCGACAUUGAUAAUUACCCGCUUGUUGUCAUUGGCCAUAACCAUGGUUCCGGGGUGCCCGGAGCUGUGUUUAAUUUGACUACCACCAUUAUAGGUGCAGGGAUGAUGGCCCUCCCUGCUACCAUGAAGGUUCUUGGAGUGGUUUUGGGGAUUGUGUUAAUCAUUCUUAUAGGGAUUUUAUCGGAGAUUAGUGUAGAAUUGUUGAUUAGAUAUUCGGUUUUGGUUAAAGCAUCCACCUAUGGGGAGGUUGUUCAACAUGCUAUGGGAAAAACUGCCAGGAUUAUGUCUGAGAUCUGCAUCAUAGUCAACAAUGGCGGUGUUCUGGUGGUUUACUUGAUAAUCAUGGGGGAUGUUAUGUCCGGUUCUGUUCACCAUAUGGGGGUUUUUGACCAGCUAAUGGGGAAUGGUGUCUGGGAUCAGAGAAAGCUUGUUAUUCUUGUUGUCAUGGUGGUUUUCCUUGCCCCACUUUGUUCCUUGGACAAGAUCGAUUCGUUGAGCAUGACUUCGGCUGCCUCCGUGGCUCUUGCCGUCGUGUUUGUCGUAGUGACUUUUUCCGUUGCGUUCAUUAAGCUUGUUGAAGGACGGAUUGAGGCUCCACGGUUGGGUCCUGAUCUGAGCUCAAAGACGGCCAUCUUGGACUUGCUUGUGGUGAUUCCAAUCAUGACCAAUGCAUUUGUCUGCCAUUUUAACGUGCAGCCAAUAUACAAUGAGCUCGCCGGGCGGUCUCCUCAGAAGAUGAAUCGAGUGGGAAGGAUCACCUUAAUACUGUGCGUCCUAGUUUAUAUCUCGACAGCAAUGUCUGGUUUUCUGCUAUUUGGGAAAGACACAGAGUCUGACGUGUUGACUAAUUUUGACGAGGAUCUUGGAGUUCGUUAUAGUGCAGCCUUAGACUACAUAGUCAGGGUUGGCUACAUUCUCCACUUGAUACUUGUUUUUCCUGUCAUUCAUUUCUCUCUGAGGCAAACAGUGGAUGCUUUGUUGUUUGAGGGAUCACCUCCUCUAUCAGAAAGCAGGAAGAGAUCUUUGGGGCUGACAGCAGUUUUGUUGGUUCUCAUAUAUAUUGGAUCUACCAUGAUUCCAAACAUCUGGACAGCUUUUAAGUUCACGGGGGCAACGACGGCUCUUACAUUGGGAUUUAUGUUUCCUGCUAUUAUUGUGUUGAGAUUAGGCCAUCAGGGGGGAUUGAGCCAUGGAGAAUGGAUUCUAUCAUGGUUUAUGCUGAUACUUUCAGUGGUUGUUAGUGUAAUUGGAGUCAUUGGUAAUGUGUAUAGCAUUCAGAGCAAGUCUGAGUGACAUUUUUGGUUUUGUUGCUUUUCAUAGGAAUCAAAUGGGAAUUUGGAGUAUAAGGCAGAGGGAGGUGAUUUAUUCAUCUGAUCUGCUACGUAUGUGAAACGAAAAGAGAAGGCAGAGUAGGUAGGAUCCUUCUAUUUAGGUGAGAAAGGCAUACAUUUUUGUUCCCUUUUAGACCCUGGGCUUUGCUAAUUUGGACUAUGUGAUGCACAUAUGCCUCUAAAGGCCUUUACCUUUGAGGAAUGAUGACUGAUUCAUUCAUAUUGGGAGGAUUAUUUUCUGGCGGAUUAGUUUGCCAUGGAUAUGGCUAUGUAUACAGUUCUUUUGGCUCUUUCUGCUGCUUCUUCUUUUUUAUUUUUAUAUAUUUUUUAAUUUUUAAUUAUGCCAUUGGUUUUACGGAAGAACAGUGCUGUAACAGUUAAUAAUAGAUUGGUAUACUUUCAUGAUCUGUUAUCAUAUUUAAGCAGAAAAUGUAUGCUGCCAAUGGUUUCAUUUA